CCCGAGCAGGUCAGUUACAGGGUUGCUGUUCUUUUGCCCAUUACAGGGCCUUCUCUGGACGUCCGAUCCGCAAGCCUAAAUCAGGACCCUAAAUUGAGUCCCUUGAUUGGCUGGAGGGCAGAUCUCGCGAGGAGGGCAACGCGGUAAAAAUACUGCUUCGGUGGGCGACUUGGAACUGGUGCAGAAAGGCGUACGUUACAGUGAUGCCGAAGCGUGGGAAAAAGGGAGCGGUGGCAGAAGACGGGGAAGAGCCCAAAACUGAACCAGAGGCCAAGAAGAGUAAGACGGGAGCAAAAAAAACCGAAAAAGAGGCAGCAGGAGAGGGAGCAGCCCUGUAUGAGGACCCCCCAGAUCAGAAAACCUCACCCAGUGGCAAAUCAGCCACGCUCAAGAUCUGUUCCUGGAACGUGGAUGGGCUUCGAGCCUGGAUUAAGAAGAAAGGUUUAGAUUGGGUAAAGGAGGAAGCCCCAGAUAUCCUGUGCCUCCAAGAGACCAAAUGUUCAGAGAACAAACUGCCACCUGAACUUCAAGAGCUGUCUGGACUACCCCAUCAGUACUGGUCAGCUCCUUCAGACAAGGAAGGGUACAGUGGUGUGGGCCUACUCUCCCGCCAGUGCCCAAUCAAAGUCUCCUAUGGCAUUGGUGAGGAGGAACAUGAUCAAGAAGGCCGAGUGAUUGUGGCUGAAUUUGAUGCAUUUGUGCUGGUAACAGUCUAUGUACCUAAUGCAGGCCGAGGUCUGGUACGCCUGGAGUACCGGCAGCGUUGGGAUGAAGCCUUUCGCAAAUUCCUGAAGGGUCUGGCUUCCCGCAAGCCCCUUGUGCUUUGUGGGGACCUCAAUGUGGCUCAUGAAGAAAUUGACCUUCGAAAUCCAAAGGGGAACAAAAAGAAUGCUGGCUUCACUCCCCAAGAGCGUCAAGGCUUUGGGGAAUUGCUGCAGGCCGUGCCACUGGCUGACAGUUUCCGGCACCUCUACCCUAAUACAGCCUAUGCCUACACCUUUUGGACCUACAUGAUGAAUGCGCGAUCCAAAAACGUCGGUUGGCGCCUUGAUUAUUUUUUGUUGUCUCACUCUUUGUUGCCUGCAUUGUGUGACAGCAAGAUCCGUUCCAAGGCUCUGGGCAGUGACCACUGUCCCAUCACCCUCUACCUGGCACUGUGACACCUCCCCUAAAUUGCUUCGAGCCUGGGAAAUAAGCCCACCAAACUAGCUUUACAUUUCUUAACCCCCAAACUUCUUUGAAACUGCUCUCUAGAGAAAUCUGCACUGUAUUUCCCUACUAAAACUACAAAUCUUUUAACCAGGCUUCUAGUAAGACUUAGGUUUCCUUUCAGCCCAAGGAUUUUGUGUGCGUGUAGGUUUCUUUUUCCCUCUUUUUACAUCAAACAAAAACUACUGAUGACUUCCUUUGAGCUGUCCAUGUGAAAAUAAAGAGCCAUAGUUUCA